GCGCUAAACAAAGGACUAUUUAUUCGGCAUUCCCCACCAAAAAAACAAGCAUUGUUCCCUCUGUGAAAUGCUGAUGACUGAAGAAUGAGAAGCAGGGGACAGAUAUGGGGCCUAUUCUCAAAGCGAUUCAGACGCUUUCAAAGCAGACCCUUUUGCACCAACAAGCCCUCCAACGCUAACAACAAGAAUGGCACUAAUAUUAUUAUCAAGGAGGAGGCUAAUGCUGCUGAUGAGGCUUCUUCUUCAUCUAUAAGCCGACAAGAUGCCUAUAAAGAGCUGGAAAACCUCAACUUCAUGACUGCUGCGAAGAUUCUCUUUACCACUCCCCCCAAAAACAAGAAAUUUGGGCUUGACUUCCAUCUGGUACAACUCUUCUUUGCCUGCUUGCCAUCACUGGCUGUGUAUUUUGUGGCUCAGUAUGCUCGCUCAGAAAUGAGAAGAAUGGAUGCGGAACUGGAGGUGAAAAAAAAAGCUGAAGAAGAGGCAAAAGCAACAGAGAAGGCUGCCGAAGAACAAGAAAUGACAUCUGAUCCACAGCUUUUGGCAGUAAAGGUGAGACUAGAUAAGCUGGAAGAGACGGUGAAAGAAAUUGUGGUGGAAUCAAAGAAAAAAUCAGCCGAUCCCAGAGAUAAGGGUCAGGUUGAUGAUGGUGGAAGAAAGCAACCAACAAUGGUUAAACCCAACAAUAGCGCAGGAGAUGCCAGCUCUUUUAAUGCUGCUAAGGGCAGCCCCAGCAAAGAGGCUGGCGAGGGUAGGACACCAUCCACAGCACUCACUGAUGCUUCGCAGGGUGAUCAAAAGUCCAGCAAAAACUACGAGCCCUCUUCUGAUGUAAAGAAGUGAAGAGCGAUUAGAUUGAAUUUUGAUCAGAUUUGUCAAGCCUUUUUAUACAUGGGCAAAAAACAUUUUUGCAGCAAGAAUUGGAUGGAAAUUCGGAGACUUGUAAGAGCCGGAGAGGUAAUGAGCAUAUGUGUCAAUUGCUCGGAUAGAUUGACAAGUAAUCAUUUUUGAGGGACCAAUGCUGUACGAUCACUGGAACGCCAACCCAGGCGGGCUUUAGACAUCUAGAAUCUUGAAUUUCUUGGAGGCUCUACAUGGAGCAGUUUUGG